CAGUCGUGUCCUUUUCAGACAAGCGUCAGCUUUUCUCAACUGUUGACCAAUUCACACGCCGACUGCUGCCCAUUUGACGUGGACAUCAGCUAGAAGAGAGGCUCAGGGACUUAGCUCGCAUCGGGACAAAGAAAAACAAAAUGCCUGGACCAGCAGCAAGUGCAACCAAUGUUGGGGCAUCUAGCCGUUCCCCCAGCAAGACAGUGGCUCCCCGCGCAGCAGGCUCCACAGUCAGACAGAGGAAAGCCACCAGCAGCGGUACACGCAGCGGUGGCAGGACCACGGGAUCGGCGGGUACAGGGGGCAUGUGGCGCUUCUACACCGAGGACUCGCCGGGCCUCAAAGUCGGCCCGGUGCCAGUGCUGGUGAUGAGUCUGCUCUUCAUCGCUUCAGUCUUCAUGCUGCACAUCUGGGGGAAGUACACCCGCUCUUAAACCCCCACCUGAUGACCUCUGACCCUGCGCCUCGGCUUCUUAACACAUUGGACCUGGACCAAA